AUGGACAUCAGAACUGCUGCUCUGAAGAAGAUGAUAGCUACUCUCAGCUCAGACCCACAGCAACAGAGAGAGGCUGAGUAUGUGAGAAGAAACCUGAAAAAUAUGACCAUGGACUAUGUGGAUGUGACUCUAGAUCCUGAUACAGCACAUCCCCAACUCAUCCUGUCUGAAGACGGGAAACAAGUUAUAUUUGGAGACGAAUGGCAGCAUCUCCCUGACAACCCAGAGAGGUUUGAUAUCUCUGUCUGUGUCGUGGGAAAGGAGGGCUUCUCCUCAGGGAGAUUCUACUAUGAGGUGCAGGUGAAGGAGAAGACUGGCUGGUCUUUAGGAGUGGCCACAAAGUCCGUCAACAUGAAGGGGACGAUUUACCUGAACCCUGAGGAUGGAUACUGGACUGUGAUGCUGAGGAAUGGAGAGUACUGGGCUGGUGCUGUCCCCACUGUCCCCCUCUUCCUUAGAGAGGAGCCCCAGAAGGUGGGGGUGUUUGUGGAUUAUGAGAAGGGUCAGGUCUCUUUCUACAAUGUGGAGGCCAAGUCUCAUAUCCACUCAUACACUGGCUACACCUUCACUGAGAAACUCUAUCCAUUCUUCAGCCCUGGUAAUAAUUUCACUGGUAAAAACUCAGCCCCACUGGUCAUCACUCCUGUAGAUGUCACUGACUGACUGUUUUAUAUUAAACAUUGAAAUACUGUUAACAUAACUGAUAAUGUAGUAGCCACCAGAUAAUGUAAUAAUUCAUUAUAAUGUAAUACAUAUUACAUAAAUCAGCAGAUAAUGUAUUAACAUUUUACAUUUAUAAUGCAAUAUAUUUUCCAGAUAAUUGAAUCAUUCAAUUGCAGUUAUUAAUGCAAUAACAAAUGUCAUAAAUAGGUAUUGCAACAAGUUGUUUUGUGGAUAAGGAAAAAACAUAUCUGGUGUUAACAUAUUAAACCAGUUUGCCAGUGCUGGUCGUCUUCUUCAUAAUGUAAUCCAAGAAGACCUACCUGUUCAUCUAGCUCUGUGGACCAUAUCACCUUAGUGGACGAGAUCCAAAUUCUUCUUCCUGAAUAACAUGACAUUGGGAAGAAUAAAAACAGUCCAAUAAAUGCAACAGGAACAGUAGGUCUGUAUGCAUUGUUAUAUUUUCAGUAAGCCCCUGAAAUUAGAUUAUUACAUGACUUACUAUAACAAUUAAUUACUGUCCUGCAUGAUUAUGUUUCUUACUAUAUUUUUGUUGAUCUCUUUUUUUUGCUGUUGAACUACAAGGAGAGCUUUCAAUAAAUAAUGUAAUUGUACUGUGUACACUACGCUGUAUCCUGUGCAUAUGACAGUACACUUUGAUUUGAAUUGAACAAUCAGUUCAGUGUCAGUAAUGUACAGGUAACUGCCAAAAUAAAGGAAACACCUA